AUGGCACCAGGUGCUUCUGGAGGUGGAACAAAAAAUGGGAGGCAGGCUUUCCGGGCAGCGGGAACGGAGGUGGGCCUGGUGGGUCCACACUGCCUCGGGGCUGGAGCCCGGGUCCCCACCCGCCCCAGCGUCCACCGCCGGCCAGCUGAGCCCCGCAACUCCGUCCUGGGCCGCGGUGGCCGGAGGUGCGCCCAGGUCCGCGAGACAGCCCCCAACGAAAGGCCUAAAUGCAGCUGCCCAGCCUCCCUGUCCGAGGCCCUGCCUGGCUCCUCCAACUGCCCGAGCUGUGUGGUCAGGGGCCCAGAGGGAGGCUGGGACGCCCGCAAGGCUGUGGAUCAGAAGUUGCCCUACAGGGUCCCGCUGCCCGAUGGCUUCAAAGUCGGCACCGUGAUGAAAGUUCGUGGUGUUGUCCCCGAGGAUGCUGAAAGCUUCCACAUAAACCUGAUGUGCAGUGACAAGGACGACAGUGACAUCGUCCUGCAUUUCAACCCCCGGCCGGGUAAGUCCACGGUGGUCAUCAACACCCUGAAGUGCGGCAACUGGGGCCCAGAGGAGCGCGGCAGUGACCCUGCCUUCCUGCGUGGUGAGACCUUCGACCUGCUCCUGAUCGCCAAAAGAGAAGGCUUCAAGUUUGUGCUCGGGGACAAGGAAUACUACGAGUUCAGAUACCGGCUCCCACCAGAGCGCGCGGUCUUGGUAGAAGUGGACGGGGACGUGCAGCUGGAGUUCGCGACGAUCUUCUGA